AUGGCAGCACCGCAGCUGAAGCUGAUCUACCUGGAUCACCACUACUGGCGCGCGGAGUGUGCGCGGUUGGCCCUCUUCAUGGCCAACGUCCCUUUUGAGGAUGCCCGCAUGGGCUAUGAGGGGAUGUAUUCUUCUGGUGCUCUGACUUUCGGCACCUUCCCAGCCCUGGUCGUGGCCGGAAAGGGCGUGCUUAACCAGACGCAGGCCAUCGCAAGGUAUGUUGGCCACCUCACGGGUAUGUACCCCAGCGACCCGUUCCUGGCGGCCAAGUGCGACGAAGCCAUUGACGGCCUCACCGACGUCUCGGACCUCAUCACCGACACCAUGCAGGAGCGGGAUCCUAAGCGCAAAAUCGCAUGGCGAGCUGCACUGGUGGCUCCUGAUGGGCGAAUGACCAUGCAGCUUGGCAUACUGAAUGGUUGUGGUUGCCGAUAA